AUGGCGUUCCUCUUCAAAUCUAAGAAGAAUCAGGAGCGCGAAAAGGACCGCGUCCUCUCCAGCCGCGACGGACCUCCCGUGACCAGCUCGCAGCAGUCGUCCAUCGCCAGCAACGCCUCGCGCCUCGCCCGCGAUGAGAAGACCGCUAUGCAACGAUCAACACCCACCGGCAGCCUAAACUCUCUCGAAAACGACGGCACCUCCAGCCCAGACCAGGUCGGCUACGGCCGUCGCGCUGAACAAGUCACGUCGCAACAGUCUGGCGACUUGCAGUAUCGCAAUGGCCCCGGACCGACCCUGGGCAACUCAAACAUGUCCCUCUAUCCGUGGUCGCAACGGCGACUGACCUACACAACGUCAACAACAAGCCCGUUCCCGCGCUAUGGCGCAGCCGUCAACGCUACCGGGUCGAAAGAAGGCGACAUCUACGUCAUGGGCGGUCUCAUUAAUAGCCAGAAUGUCAAAGGUGACCUGUGGAUGGUUGAGGCUGGCGCCAACAUGUCGUGCUAUGAACUUUCUACCACCGCGGAAGGCCCUUCCCCAAGAGUCGGCCACGCCAGUCUUCUUGUCGGCAACGCGUUCAUCGUGUAUGGAGGUGACACCAAGAUUGAAGAGAACGACAUCCUGGACGAGACCCUAUAUCUAUUAAAUACCUCAACGAGACAAUGGUCCAGAGCACUCCCGUCUGGCCCGCGACCAUCUGGUCGCUACGGCCAUUCGCUUAAUAUCCUUGGCUCCAAGAUCUACAUCUUUGGCGGCCAGGUCGAGGGCUACUUUAUGAACGAUCUUGCCGCAUUUGAUCUUAACCAGCUUCAAAUGCCCAACAACCGGUGGGAGAUUCUCAUCCCUAACAGCGACAAUGGCGGCCCACCUGUUGGCAAAAUCCCGCCCGCGAGAACAAACCACUCGGUCGUGUCAUACAAUGACAAGAUGUAUUUGUAG